UAUUAUUUUUCUUUUUUAAAAAACCCCCCUCUUUUUACACCAACUUUACAAGAUGACCCACUAAAUUAUUUAUAAUCUCAAGGGCAGCCCAUUUCUUUUGUUCAACUUUGAAGGCUUUACUUUAUAUAAAUAAGCCUUAAGCACACCACACCCUCCAUUUGUUAAUAUUGUAAUACAAAGACAACUUCUCUUUCUCUUUCUCCCCUUCCUUUUCCCUCCCAUUUUAUCAUUAUGCUCUUCAACUUCCAUCCUCACUAUUUUGCUCGUGAUCACGUCGAUGAUUUUUCAUCUUACUUGCUCUUCGAGGCAUCUGGCGACUCGGAGGUUGACUCCCUGGCUGACCUUGGAGGCUCAACUACCACCACCCUGAAUUUGGUGGAGUUUAACGAUGCUGAAUCUUGCACGGAUGAUACUCCUGAUUUGUAUGAUGAACUUGUGAGAUAUGAAAAUGAGAGUGAGGCGGAGGAGGACGAGGACGAGGACGAGGGGACGUUUGAGAAUGAUGGGGUGGUGGAAAGCAAGGCAAUUGGAUUCACAACAAGCUCAAGUGCUUCUAUUGAUUCAACUAAGGAGUUCAAAAUGCUUAAUGAUGUGGAAAAAAACAGGUUGUUUUGGGAGACUUGUUUGGCAUCAUAGCAUCUCCCUAAUUAUUAUUAUUAUUUGGUUCUUUUUUAUGAGGCCAUUUUUCUACCCUCCUUCCUUUUGUUCUUUUUUUUUCUGGGCUCAUUUGGAUUGAACCCUCAGAAAAAGGGUAAAAUUCAACUUCCUUCCUUCCUUCCUCCUUUGAUUGUGCUCGGUUGGUGGCCGUCCUAGUUUGAAUUCAUCAUUUGACCUUGUUAUUACUAACUAUUGUCUUGGUAAGCUAUUUUAAGAUCUCACGUCCGUUGGAGAGGAGAACGAAACAUUCCUUGUUAAGGUGUGAAAUCCUCUCCCUAGCAAACGUGUUUUAAAAUUGUG